AUGCACCAUCCCCUCCGCGUCGGCGUCCUCCUCGUGGGAACCGCUCAACUCCUCGACCUUGCAGCCGUCGACCUCCUAUACAUGACAACACCCGAGUACCUCAACGAAUGCUCACUCCCAAAGCCCCUACUAGACAUGGGCCGGCCCUGUGAAAUCCACUACAUAGGACACGGCGGCGCAGAUACGCUAGUCGAGACAACAGCGCGAAUGUCCAUCCGACUAACAGACUCACUCGUCGACUCCGCCGUCGCACCGGGCAAGCUCGACGUCGUGGUGAUACCUGGGCCAUCGCCCAAAGCCGGGCCCCCAGAAGACGCAUACCUUGAUUUUGUGCGCAGCCAUAAUGCAGCGGGGACUACGAUUCUGAGUAUUUGCACCGGCGCUUUCGUGAUUGGGUACGCAGGGAUAGGAAAGGGGCGGAGGGUUACGGCGCCGAGGCUGCUGGUUCCUGAGAUGAAGAGGUUGUUCCCGGAGGCGGAGUGGGAUGAUUCGGUGCGUGUGGCUAGAGAUGGGAAUUUAUGGACUAGUGGUGGGAUCACGAACGGUCACGAUCUUGUUGCUGGGUAUCUUCGUGAGAACUACCCUGCUGCGCUUGUGAAUACGAUCCUCGCCACUGCGGAUAUCCCUCCUCGUCCGGCGGCUUAUGGUAGUACUACGACGAGUGACUUUGCUUAUGUGCUGUGGCAGGUUGUUAGGGCUGUUCCGAAUAUGUUAUUCCGACUGGUUCGGGGCAAAUGA